AUGAAUACCAAAUUUGUGGUUUCAUCAACGUUUUUGAUUAUGGUUGUGCUCAUUUUUUAUCGUCAAUCAGUAGCGACUGUUGGCAACUGGGUUGAGGCCAAUACAGAUUUAGAAGAAAGCGCGUCAAAUUACGAAAGUUUUACAAAACUAUCUCAAGUAACAGUAAAUUACUCUCUAAAGAAGGUAGCACCGAGCGGUCUCUCAUCCAGUGACUACCCAGUGAACAUUCGACUCGUCACGCCACCAAAUCCGUCAGCCAAAGGAGCGAAGAAGGCCGCUAAGAGCCAAAAGGCCAGUCGUGCUGGAGACAAGAAGAAGAAGCAUCGUCGGAAGGAGAGUUAUUCCGUUUACAUUUACCGUGUACUCAAGCAGGUUCAUCCCGACACCGGAGGCGAUUUCGUCGAAGGCGAUGUCCAUCAUGAACUCAUUUGUGAACGACGUGCUUCGCGUCUUGCACACUACAACAAGCGAUCGACCAUCUCCUCCCGCGAAAUCCAGACCGCUGUCCGACUGAUCCGCCUAGGAGAGCUUGCCCAGCAUGCUGUCUCCGAGGGCACAAAGGCCGUCAACAAGUUCACCUCGAGUAAGUAA